ACCCGACCAUCAGCUGAUCAAUAUACUUCCGCACACACGCCACGUCAUACGCGCGGCACACGCAUGUCACGCAUCGCGCGAACCGUUACGCGUGUAACACUCUGUGAACGUGCGAACGUGUCGGGGCCGCUGUGCACGCGGAUCCAGGAUUCCGUCGGGAACACGGUGACCCGCGGUGGACCCGAACGCUCGCCAGGGCUUGCUGCUGAUCUAUUCCGGAGGCAACUGCGUGGAACGUCGUUAUCAUCGAAAUAAUGAAGAGAGAAGCUGAUGCAGGUGCGAUGACAGGCUCCGGGGGACCCACUAGUCCUCACAAGCGUUACAGACAGGGUGACGAUGAACUUCGCCUUCUAAUACCCAGCAAGGUGGCCGGUUCGAUAAUCGGCAAGGGCGGCCAGAAUAUCACCAAACUGAGGAAUCAGUACAAAGCCUCAAUCAUUGUACCCGAUUGCCCCGGACCCGAACGGGUGCUUACCAUCAGCUCGGAUCUGUCUACCGUCCUGCAGGUGUUGAACGAGGUCGUACCUAAUCUCGAGGAGGUGAGUGUUGCUACGAGAAGAGGAUCACACGGGAAAAGAAAUGACUCAAUCAAUGGAGCCCGACACGGCAGCGACGAGAUCGACAUGCGUAUGCUGGUGCACCAGAGCCAAGCCGGGUGCAUAAUCGGCAAGGGAGGGUUGAAGAUCAAGGAGCUUCGCGAGAAAACUGGGGCGAGGAUCAAGAUCUACUCGCACUGCUGCCCUCAUAGCACCGACCGGCUGAUCAGUAUCUGCGGAAAGCCGAACACGUGCAUCGAAUGCAUUCGCGAACUGAUCGCCACUAUCAAAACCUCGCCGUUGAAAGGUGUGAACAAUCCUUACGACCCGCACAACUUCGAUGACUUCUACGCGGAUGAUUACGGUGGUUAUGGUUCCGGUGACGGUGGUCAAGGAAAAGGCGGUGGAUUCGGAGGUCCAGGUAGCCGCGGUGGCGGAGGCGGUGGCGGUGGCGGCGGAGGUGGCGGCGGCGGAGGCAUGCCACCCCGACGAGACAAUCGUUCCGGUGGACCAGGCGACAUGAACCGCGGCUUUCCGCCACCACCAAGAGGUGGACCGCGUGGAGGUGCCGGCGGGGGCGGUGGAAUGUCCGGUGGACCACCGGAUCGCGGCUACGGAGGCAAUUCUCGCGGGGGUGGCGGCGCAGGCGGUGGAUACGACGGUGGCAGAGGCGGCUACGGAGGCAACAGGGGUGGCCCGCCACCCUACGCCGCUGGAAAUUACAAUGGUGAUGGAUGGGGUAUGCAGGGAGGCGCGCCAAACGGUUUGGGUGGCGGUGCUAACUCGGGAAUGAGCGGCCCACCUAUGGGUGGCAACAAUCAAGGAAACCAGGGCAACAUGGGUGGAAACAAGACCAGCACUCAAGUCACCAUUCCUAAAGAUCUUGCGGGAGCUAUAAUCGGCAAGGGUGGCGCCAGAAUCCGUAAAAUAAGAUCGGACAGCUGCGCCGGGAUCACUAUAGACGAACCAUUGCCCGGCAGCAACGAUCGCAUUAUUACCAUAACCGGGUUACCCAAUCAGAUCCAGAUGGCUCAGUACCUGCUUCAACAAAGCGUACACGAGAAUGCAGACCAUUACUAAAAUGGUGUUACGAAGGGAGCAUUCGGGGGGAGCCAAAGAUGCGUUUAUAAUUUUUUUAGGGAUACUUCUUCGCGUGAAAUGUGAAGACCGAUUGAAAAGCGAGAGCUCAUAAGCCUUUUUUUCAUUAUCAAGAAACAGAAAAGAAAUAUGGAACGUCUGCUGUUUCUCUUUGCGAGAAGAAACGAGAACAGCGAACGCUGAUCGGCCGGAACAAAGAACAAGGAGAGGCGGUUAAUAAUUCUACGAACUAUUUCUAAUCCACUGUUGUACUACGGACCCAUCGACUGCUUUUCACAACGUCGAGAAACUCGAAAUUGGCAUUCGAGGAGGCGACAAACCAGGCCUCCUCGUCUAAGGAAGGCCAAAGAACAGCGUUAUUUUUACGGCUGAGGAUCGUUUCUCGAUCUCACGCAUUUUUCCCAUACCUAUUUUCUUUUUUUUUUUAGUUGUUUUUUUCUCGAAAACAUUUUGGAUCACGCGCUUUUCCAUGGCUCUGGACGAGUUUUGAUAUAAUCCUUUUAUAUUUCUUUCGUUUUACUUUCAUUUUUGCUAUCUUACCUCUUUUUCGUUGAAUCUUAACUUACAUCGAAAUCACUGUUGAUGCGCACAUAUUUCUGUAUUCUUCGAUAUCUCGCUGCGGAAUUAUUACGAAACGGUAAUCUGAACAGUUGCCUGAAUUACUGCUUGUAAUCGGGAUUUCAAAAUAAUUUAAGAUUAACGAGCUAUGAAGAUCAUUAAAAAUAAAUUUAGCAGCAUCGAAGGAAGGGAGAAGUCGUCAGGCGAAUCAAACACACAGAAAAAAAGAAACAAUGACGAGCGAAUCGAAAUCAUUACAUAAUAGUUACGCGAAAAGACUUUUUGUAUAUACGACGGAAAUCAGAAACAGAGAAUAAGAGAAGGAAUCACUAAUUACACUUCCCUUUCCUUUACCCAACCAUCGCCUCUACCGACACGAUUACCCUUAAUUAUAAUUACUAUUAACAACCCUCGUACGUUUAAGAAGAGUAAUUUUUGCAUUAAUUGUAACGUAGCGUAACUGUUAAGCGUGUAAGAAUUCUAAUUAUUAGAAAGUGAUAGGCCAAACUAUUAAGGACGCGAAACCAUCGGUGAAUAUUGCUAUAAUACAGACGAUUGUUGAAUCAAAAGAAAGAUACUUGCAACGAAGCCUGACAAUGCUGCGUCUCUUAGAAAGUGAUAGAAUAAACGAACGGGAGCCAUUCUGUAAAAACGCUUUUAAGUCCAGUCCAGGCGCCGCAUUCGUUGUCAAUCCGAUACGCGUAAUCUCAGUUCGCCAAGUGCCAUUUAUCGCGCUAUUCUUGGUCAUUUGAUUACGAUUAAAAUCCCGGCGAUGUGACACAGUUUCGAUUUCAUGUCUUAGUAAUAAGUCGAGUGCAUUAACAUUCUUUUUGAUACAGAAUUUUUCGAUGAAGCUUGAGAAUUCCUUUUGAAGAUUUUUUCAUAAUUGCCGAAGCAUUUAAAAGGGCUGUUUGAAUUAUGAUUAUGUUUUUUUUAGUUAGAAGGCUUUUUAUGCAAGGAAUCACGACUUUAUAAUUCUUUUGUCACGUUCGAUGUACAUAUUGAGUUUCAUUUACCCGGAUUUGGAAGGAUUCAAUUUUAUUUUAAUCGAUUGUAAAUAAAAUUUUACAAAGGAAAUCGAUUACCUAUUUUUGCGAAUUUCAAACUAUUCAUGGCAAGAGAGUUUGAGUUGUAAAGUGCGCGUCGAUGGACUUACGGACUUUUAAAAGGCGGCGAGUAGUACUGUUACACGCGAGAGAAGGAUCUCUUUGUACCUUGCGAUCAUUGACGUAGGAUAAAGGAAGGAAAGGAGAAACGGAAUUUUAUCGCGAUUCAGAGUUUAAGCUAGGGAUUUACCAAACAUCGAAUUCGAUUUCUGAAAAAGAAUAUUUUCGUCUGUUUCCGUGCACGGUGUAUAGAAUUUCAAUUAAAAAUCUCAUCGUCGAUCAGUUUCUUAAAGCGUUUCUAAAUUGCAUGGCAUGGAAAGACGAGUAUUCUUUUUAGGGGAUGAAAAACCGAUUUCGAAGAGAGUAAAAAAAAUGGAUAUAAGAGAAUUGAACAAGCCGCCCUUAAGUUCCGACUUGAACUCGUCCUAUUUCCCUUCCUUGACGAGGAAAUCGCACCCCCACCCCUCUCUCUUCUCCAUCCCUUAAACACUUAGCCUUCUGACGAAACAACGGUAGAGAUAACCAAGCGAAAUCGUCGGGAUCCGCGAUCAGGAUUCGACGACGCUGCGAAGGGCAUUUUUUUAACGCAUCCGAUCGAACGACACGAUUUUCUUAAGUUCCGUAAGAGAAAUCACCUCCCCCUCCUCCUUUCCGUCGGUCCACCCCCUGUUCACUGGGAUAUCGAAACAAGGGAAGAAUAUACGAAAACGGAAUUUUUUUACGUCCGCGCGUGCCCUCGUAACGAGGGACGCGUGCAUUUUCGCUCGAUCCGCGAUCGAUCGUACCGUCUAUUUCGCGACCUCGAGAGAAACGGAAAAUAUUCUAAUAAAUAAUCAUUCGGAUCUUUAAUUAGCAGAGCUGCAUUACGUAGAUUUAAGACUUGACGCAUUUUCUUUUGUUCAUGCAUUUUAAUAUUUUAUUUUUUCUUAUCCUUGUAAUCGUCGGUGGAUUAAAAUUGCCAGUCGUCGACAGAAAAUUUAUUUUCCACGGAGUUUGAAUAAUUUUUCCAUUGACCUCGAGGCCGAUUUAUCUGAUAAGGUUUAUGCGAAAGAACAGGCAACAGAGAUACAUACAUGCAUACAUACAUAAAUACAUAUAUAUAUAAAUAAAUAUAUAUAUAUACGUACAUACAUACGGUAUACACACGAAAUGAUGCGUGGGUAGGAAUGAAACUGGUGCGUUUAUUGUGUGCGUCUGUGUAUGCGCGCUUACCGAGAGAAGAAAGGUUUUUUAAUUAUGAUCUAGGAAGGGUCGAGGGAGGGUGUGACAGAGGGAGAGAGUGGUAUGCCUGAGCAACAAUUCAAAUGGAGAUAAAUAGAUGAAUGUACGAUAAAGAGAGAGAGAGAGGGAUUAUCACGAUGUGUGUAUUAUUAUAUUAUAAGAUAUACAGUUUACAAUUAUUUGUAAUGGAUACUUUUUAUUUGUCAAAUAAAAGUUAGUACAAAUGAA